AUGGCGUCGGGAUGUGAUUCCUUUGGCCAUCUUGUAUUCUGUUCGAUCGUCUCCUUCCUUUCUUCUUCCUUGGUGUUUUUUGGACUCCAGAGGAUCAGUUUCCACCGGUGUUCGCGCCUUCUUGAGGUUUUGAGUUCGUCGGCCAUUCUAUGCAUCGCCGUCGGCCGUAUUGAGCUUCCUCGUCUAUCUCACGUGAAAGGCACUUUUCUCGUCCUAUCUUUUGGAUUUGCCGACCAAAAUGAUGUUUUGAGGUCGCCUGUGAAGUUUGGUGGACUUCGGUCGUGCCGUUUGGGAGAUGGUCGAGUUGUCGCUUGGUUCGUCGAUUCUGGCCGAGAGAGUGAUUGGGAAUGUGAUAUCUCCUUUUUUACUCGGGCCAAUUGA